CCGGCAGUGAGAUUGCAUCCUUGAUGUCUGGAUGUACGGCUUCCUGUUGGUACUCAGACAACAGUUGACAUUCAUCAUCUUAAUCGAAAAGUAGACAGAAUGGCGCGAGAUACAGAACUCCUUUCUUUGUCCAGCUUCGGCGAAGACCUCAUCGCGAGCGGGGCCUUCUCCUCCCUGGACUCCCUCGAUGUCUUCUCCCCCGCCACAUUCCGCAACGAAAAGCGCAGCAACCUCGUAACCACCCCCGAUGUAUCGCCUCCAGCAACCCCAGCCCCGCGAUUCCUCCCUCUAUCGGGCUGGACUACGAUGUCCCGAUCGCUGUCAGCGGCGCCCCCGGAGAUCCCGGCUUCGCCCGCCAGCGAGCUGAUCAUCGGCGGCGCAGUCGUCCAGAACGUCGCCCUCGUGGUCGGAGAGUCGGUCUCAAGCGAUCCGGCGCCCGAACACAAGGACCAGGAUCUGUACAGCGACGUCAAGGUCAUGCCGGUCCCGGUCUCCGGGGUGCAGCGAGGCGGGGGUUCGCUUCUGGUGGCCUCCAUCGGCAAAACAGCCGCACAGCCCAUGCUGCUGCUACCGGCGGAGAAUGAUGCUGAAAUCGCGUUCCCCGAGACGGCGAAGCCGGUCGCGCUGCCUGAUGUCAAGAAAGAGAUGACUGCCGCCAAGGGGGAGGUCGGCGCGGCUGCGGUCGAUUCUUACGUUCUUAGCGGUGAUAUCAAGGAUUUCUUCGGGAUUAAGGGGCUGAAGGCGAAGCUAUACUCUUUCCGAAGCGAAGAUAGCAAGAAGAAGGAUGACGAGAAGAAGGCGAAAGAAGGUGAGAAGGACAGCGACGAAAACGAGGCGAAGAAGGAGGCCCAGCCGGACAAGAAGCCUCCGGUCGGAUCGAAGUAUCCUGAAUCAAAGCCCAAAGAAGAGAGGGCGGAAGACUCCCAGCCCAAGGACAAGAAGGAUGGACAGGCAAAAGACAAGGGCGACAAGAAGGAUGAGCCGAUCCAAGAAAAGGUCAAGCUCAAGGAUAUGGAUUCCCCGCUCGGCAUCCUCUUCCCCGAAAUCGAGCAGUCGACGAUCCAAAAGCUCCCGCUCAAGAACCUGGAGUUUACCUACAGCAACAAGGAGAAAGACAGCCUUUUCCCGGUCGGACUGCGACUUGAGGGUGACCUGGAGUUUAAGGAUGGCUUGCAGUUCGUCUCGGACGGGCUCAAGAAUGUCUUUGGCUCCGACAAGGGAACAACCCUGCCUUCCAAGUUGCGGGUCAGCGCAUUGAUUGCCAAGGAGCGGGACUGGGGCAAGAAGCCCAAGAUCGAGGGUUUGGUCCUGCAGGCCUAUGCGGAUAUGACGUUGCCGAAGUGGGACUUCCUGGAGUUCAAGACGGUGGGCAUCGAGUUGUCGGCGAGGAAGGAGGAGAAGAAAAAGGAGGAUAAGAAGGAGGGUGGCAAGGGAAAGAAGGGUGAGAAGGGCGAUGAGGGCGAUGAGGGCGAGCAGCCCCAGCAGAAGGAAGACGACAAAGACAAGAAUGAAAAGGGAAAAGGGCAGGAUGCCCAGCCUGAAGAAGGCGCCGAGUCUGCAUCUUCGGAAGUAGCCGCCAUGGUGAAUGUACUUGAAGAUGACUCCAGCCCUAAAGAUCCCGAGGAGGUUCCCAGGUCGAAGGAAACCGAGCCCAAAGUGGUGGAAGAGAAGGACAAAUCGCCCAAGGACAAGGCCAAGAAAGACAAGAAAGACAAAGAAUGGAAACUGGGAUUCGGCUUAUUCGGCAAACUCAACAUCACCAAAUUGCCCAAGUCGAAGGGAACUCUGGAGGCAAGAUACUGGAUCCGGGGAGGUGACUGGAAGCAGAAGGAGAAAGAAAAGAAAGACGGUAAAGACGACAAAAAAGACGACAAGAAAGACAACAAGAAGAACGGUAAGGAUACAGACAAGAAGGCUAACCAGACAGUGAAAGAAAAAGAAGAGAAGAAAGAUGAUAGAGCUGUCGGAGGUAAGGAAAAAGCAGACAAACCAGACACUGAUCAACCAGGCAAGAAGGACGAGAAGGCCGCGAAAAGCAAGGACGACAAAGACGAGCAGGGUGGUGGAAGCAAGUAUGAACUGGUCAUUGAUGUCGGCAAGUGGAAUAACUUCUGCGGUGUCGCAAACCUCAGUAUUAAGAAAGCGGAAUUGCGCGCCUUCUUCAAACCAGGAGAGUUCAAGAAGACCUGCACGCUGACUGUGUCUGGCUCUCUCGAAUUUCCUCAGGGUAGCCUCGAGAAGGAGGAGAAGGAGGAGGACAAGAAAAAGAAAAAGGCUAACACAGAAACGGCUGAGAAGGACAUGAAAGAGCACACCAACGUGGCUUUGAUCACAAAGCCCAAGCCGUCCGCCGGGGCUGAAGGCCAGGCCAAGGAAAAGGAAUCAAAGGCCGAAGACAAGAAGAAGGACGGCGACAAGAAGGGCGAUGCAGACAAGGAGAAGCCGAAGAAUGCUACCUUGGAGAUCAAAGGCCAGUUGUCCAGAAAAGAUUAUCAUUUUGACGCCAAGGUGGGCAACUUGAAGCUCGAGUCAAUCUUGAAGAUCUACGCCCAUAUCCAUGGAGUCGAACCCAAGACUGAGGGCAUCAAGGACCACGAUUUAACCUUCGAGGAGUUGCACCUCAAUAUUGGUCGGAGGCUGAAGAAGAAGAAAGCAGAUCAGAAGAAGGAUGAGAAGAAGGAUGAGAAGAAGGAUGAGAAGAAGGAUGAGAAGAAGGAUGAGAAGGAGGGAGGUGAGAAUAAAGAAAGGAAGACGCUCGAAGACGGCGAGACUGUACCGAGUGAAACGAAAGAGUCUGCAAACGAGAAGAUUGCGGAUAAACAGAGCGUAAAUGACGAGGGCAAGAAAGAGAAAUCUGUUGCAGUGACUGAAACCAAGGCAUCAGCCAAGGCAUCAGCCAAGGCUGACGACAAGAGUGUUUCCAAGAAGGAAGAAGAGGAGGAGGAUACAGAAUGGUCCUUUGAGCUUUCCGGCAAAGUGAGCUUCAACGACGUCAAAAGCGUGCACGGUUUGAUCAAAUAUGACAGCACCGGCUUGACCAUCGAGGGUGGGGUGGAGGAUUACAAAGUGAAGGACGCUGAUAUCACUAUCAAGGAGGCCCGGAUUGACAUCUUCAUCGGAGCAAAGCCCAAAACCGACAAAAAGCUAAAUGUGCACGGCAAAAAGAGCUCCUUGAUUGGCACUGACGCCGGUAGUAGCGAAUCAGCCAUUGCGAAAUCAUCCCAAGAAGACAGCUCAGUGGGAAAGAGCCUUGUCAAGAAAGAUACCGGCAAAGACAAGGAGAUUCUCCUCAAUCGGGCCAGCAAGUUCUCCAUCAGAGGCAAGGUCACCUUCAGUGGAGUGACUGUGACAGUCGCCUUCCUCACCGAGCGUAAAGAGACAAAUAAGAAGUCGAAGCAGGCUUCUGAACGCGAGUGGAUGAUUUAUGGUCUGGCUGAUACGGACCUCUGCCUGGAAGAGCUUUGUGACACGUUUAAAGACACCCCCAUCGCAAACCUCAGGUUGCGGAAUGUCGCCGUGAUUGCCGCAUCUGGCGAGAUCAAGUCAGUAAAAGAGCUGAACACCCUGAAGUAUCCCGUCCGCAAAGGAAUCUCACUAUGCGCGACUAUACCACCCCUCGAGGAGCUUAACCACCUUGCUAAGGAGAAGGUGGAUGGGUUAGUUCUAUGCGCUACCAUUCAGCAGAAAUUGGAGCUCAAAGUUUGCUUGCCUUCGUCUAUGGAUAUCCACUUUUCCCCAACCGUAAAGCUGGGCGAUAUCAGCGUCGGAAUUGAGAUCAGCACGGAUCCCAGCUUGUCCCUUGAGGGCGUUUUGACUAUUUUGAUGGAAUCGGGUCAGGAUCCAUUGGUCCUCGAAGGAAUGGUCCGAGCAGGAGCCCUGAGUGCCUCCGCUUAUGUUGCAACUAAGCAGCCGUGGGUGAACCCCUUUAACAUCAGCAAGGAAGUCACAAUCGCAGACUUUCGGGUCGAGAUAUUGAUCGAAUAUGCCAAAUUCCUGGAAGUUGGUCCAUCGAAAAUGGGCCUCGGAGGGCAGCUCGAAGUCGGAGACUUCGAGGCCGGGGCAGCCAUGGUGAUCAGUCACUUUCCCGACGACCAGCUCAUCACCGUCAACAUCUCCGAAGUCGACCUCAUCAAAAUCGUGCAGGUCGCCGGCAAGGUGGCCAAUAUCCCAGAAUUAGAGACGAUCACGGGGGCUGAGGAAACGUUCGUAUUCACAGAUGCCAAGCUGUACGUCUCCACGGGGGCUACCAUCGGCAAGAAGGAGUACCCGCGAGGCAUCUCCGGAGGCGGGAAAUUGACGGCAUUCGGCAAGAAGGCCGAGUUCGAGCUGAGCAUCGGUGCUGCGGGGCUGGACUUCAAGGGCGCGAUCGACAACUUCAGCUUGGGCCCGCUCGUGGUCUCGUCGGCUAGUGGUGAGCCCCGGGCAAGCAUGGUGGUGCGCAUGACCAAAGAGCAGCAGGUUGUCAAGGUAGAUGGCAUGGUCACCUGCUUCGGCAUCGGGCUGGUCACCCUCGUGGACAUCCAGCUGGGCACGGAGACCCCUUCGUUCAACGCCUACAUUGCCGUACAGUUUACCAAAGCGUUUACCAUCAGUCUGCAGGCCACCACGACGGACUUUAGCAGUGUUCGUGAUCUGGCCAACCAGGGCCUCUACUUCCAAGCCGAGAUCCAGGGCGAUCUGUUCGAAAUGAUCUGCGAGAGUAUCAAGAAUAUGAUCAAAACGAUCGAGAAACUGGGCACGGACGGUAUUGAGUCCGUGCAAAACCUCAUCGGGGCUAAGAUCGGUGAGAAGCAGGCUGAGAUGGAUCAACUAGCGAAGGAGCUGGAGGAUGCACGGAUAAGGCUCGAGGCAGACCGUAGCCAGCGUCAAGUGGAGAUCGAGAAGGAGGAAAAGAAGCGAAAAGAGGCAGAGAAGGAGAUUGCACGCUUGAGACAGAAUCUGGCUACAGCCAAGAAGAACAAGUCUGAAGUCGAAGCAGAGCUGAAGCAGAAGGUCAAGCGGGCGGAACUGGACAAAGAGGCACUCAUUCAACGGAAGAGAAAGGAGUACAACGACAAACUAGAAGCAGCCAAGGAGGAGGAGGCUCGGAAUCGCAAGGAGCUCGAGAGACUGAAGAAGGAGCAAGCAAACAGGUAUGGACUAGACUUUCUCAAGCGGGCAGAACUGGCCAAGGGCGCCUGGUAUGAGAAGAUGGCGGCCGAGAAGGCCUCUUGGGCCCGGGUUGAAGCGGUGUAUUGGGAAAAAUGUAACGCGAGCUGGCUCACUAUUGCUUACUGGUCCGGGGCACUGGAGGCAGAGAAGGCACGCCACGAACUCGUCAAGGCAGCCACCGCCGUUUACCAUGAAACAGCCAAGGGAUUCGAUGCCACAAUCAACUCUGAUGCAUUUCAGGGCCUCGUUACCGGGAUAGAGAAAGCAGCAGAAGCAGCAGAGAGCGCUGCGAAGGGUAUCGAUAACCUUAUCAAUGGUGGAGGAUUCGACGGAUUCGUGAGGGCGUUUGUGGACACCGAGGAUAGAAAGAUUCAAGCAGCGAUCGACAAUCUUCAUGCGAUGCAGAGUGAGAACAGCAAGUAUCAGCAGGCGAUUCGGGAUGCACAAGCCAUCCUCGACAAGAAAGGACCCAACCUGGAAGCAGAGAUUCGCGCCGCAGAUGGGACGAUCACCCGCAUCCAGGAAGACGCUGAGCUCGCAAAGCUCCAGCGAGAGUACGAUUAUCGACUCAAGGUUCAUGAGGAGGUCCACAAUGCCAUCAAGCAGAUGGACGCGGGGCUAGAGGCCCUCAAAAAGGACUGGCAGAAUGGCAUGCAGAAGCUCCAGGACUUUGUGAACGAGAUUCAGAAAAAGAUUUCCUCCGUCUUCCACAUAGAGAAGAUUGUGGUUGGUGUCCACACUCAUGCUCUGGUCAACGAUGAGCCGCUUGCAUUCAAAUUCUACGGUACGGUGGCUAAUAGGAGGUUUGAGGUCGAGGCGGAGUGGUCGCCAAAGAUAGCCAUCGGCGACCUUUACAAGAAGCUCUCAGAGGCUGAGUCAGCACAGGAAGGGGUUAAAUUCUGCGCCCUUCUCAUAGUCCUCGAUGAGUCUUUUUGA